CUCGUACCAACAUAUAUUACAUUUCGAGAAUCUUUGCUUGCUUUGCGUUGAUCAUAUAUACUUUUCUCACUCUCUCUUCUCUACUAGAGAGAGAGACAGAGUGAGAAGAACUGACAAAAGGUUGUGUUUUGCUGUCUUCCGAUAAUGUCCGACGGCAAAGAAGCCGAUCCUCUCGCCGUUGGUACCAUGGACUGUCACGCUAGUACGUCGUCCUUAGGUGAAGCGGCUCCGAGUCUUGCUGAUGGGGUUGUUGUUGUUGCUGAUGAUCAAGUGGAAACGCGUCCCCAAGCCAAGGAUCCUAGAAAGAUUGCUAGAAAGUAUCAAUUAGAGCUCUGCAAGAAAGCAAUGGAGGAGAACAUAAUUGUGUAUUUAGGGACUGGUUGCGGGAAGACUCACAUAGCUGUGCUGCUUCUGUACGAGUUAAGGAAUGAGAUAAAGAAACCCCAGAAUGACAUUUGUGUUUUUCUUGCCCCCACCGUGGCUUUGGUUGAACAGCAAGCGAGGGUUAUAGAAGACUCUGUUGAUUUCAAGGUUGGAAUCUGCCGUGGGAGCUCUAAGCACUUGAAGAGCAGGGGCAAUGAGCAUUGGAAAAAAGAUAUGAAGCAAUAUGAGGUUCUUGUUAUGACUCCUGAUAUUCUACUGCACUGUUUAUUUCACUGUCACAUCAAGAUGGAUUCCAUUGCACUUCUGAUAUUUGAUGAGUGUCAUCAUGCUCAAAUCAAAAGCAACCAUCCAUAUGCAGGAAUUAUGAGAGGUUUCUACAAUAAAGAAGCAAAAAAGUGUCCCCGUAUAUUUGGCAUGACGGCAUCUCCAGUUAUUGGAAAAGAUGCUUCCAGUGAAGGGAAUUUACCAAAAAGCAUCAAUAGUCUUGAAGAAUUACUUAAUGCUAAGGUUUAUUCAGUCAAAGAUAAAAAAGACUUGGAUAGUUUUGUGGCAUCUGCAAAAGUUAGAGUAUAUCAUUAUGGUUCUAUGAAUGACUCAUCCAACUCUUAUCAUAGUAAACUUGAAAACGUGAAACGUGAGUGCAUAUCAACACUUAGUAGGAACAUUACUGAUGACUUUCAAAGUCUGAAGAGCACAAAAAAACUGCUAAACAGACUACAUGAUAAUAUGAUAUUCUGCUUGAGAAGUCUCGGCGUUUGGGGAGCAUUACAAGCAAUUCGCAUUCUUUUGAAGGGUGAUCAUUCUGAACGGAAUACACUAAUAGAGGCCAAAGAAAAUUAUCGUGAUCAUUCUUUGUGUGAUUUAUAUCUUUCCAAGGCUGCAAAUGCUCUUGAUUCUGACUGUAGGAGAGAUGGUGUUGGAUCUGAUCUAUCUUGCUUGGAGAUAUUAAAAGAGCCAUUUUUCUCGAGCAAGCUUUUAAAACUUAUUGAAAUUCUUUCCUCCUUCAGGUUACAACCAAAUAUGAAAUGUAUAGUUUUUGUUAAUAGGAUUGUCACUGCAAGAUCCUUAGCAUGCAUGCUGCAAAGCCUCAAGUUUUUGGCAUAUUGGAAAUGUGAUUUCCUUGUAGGAGUAAAUGCUGGACUCAAGGGUAUGUCUCGCAAGACAUUGAACAUCAUUCUAGAGAAGUUUCGGUUUGGAGAGUUGAAUUUAUUGAUUGCAACCAAAGUAGGUGAAGAAGGACUUGAUAUUCAGACAUGCUGCCUGGUGAUACGAUUUGAUCUCCCAGAGACUGUUUCUAGCUUUAUACAAUCAAGAGGUCGUGCACGAAUGGCCGAGUCUGAAUAUGCAUUUUUGGUGGACAGUGGUGAUCAGAAAGAGCUAGAUCUGAUAGAAAACUUCAAACAAGAUGAACAUCAUAUGAAUUGUGAAAUCGCUUGCAGAACAUCGAAUGAGACGUUUAUUGGCUUGGAAGAAAGAGUAUACAGAGUUGAUUCUUCUGGGGCUUCCAUAAGUUCUGGACAUAGCAUAUCAUUACUGCACCAAUAUUGUUCAAAACUUCCACAUGAUGAGUAUUUUGACCCUAAACCAAAGUUCUUUUUUCUAGAUGAUCUGGAAGGAACUGUCUGUCAUAUAGUUUUACCUUCCAAUGCUCCAAUACAUGUAAUUUUCAGCACACCACAAUCCUCAAGAGAAGCUGCUAAAAAGGAUGCUUGUCUCAAAGCAAUUGAAGAGUUGCAUAAAAUGGGUGCAAUAAGUGACUUUCUUUUGCCAAUGCAAGAGAAUGUGAAUUUGGAAGAGCCAUUGCUCGAUUCUUCUGAUUCUGAUAGCUCUGAAGAUGACAGAGGACGAGUAGAAUUGCAUGAGAUGCUAGUUCCUGCUCUGCUAAAGGAGCCAUGGCAUAACACAGAGGCUCCUGUUUAUCUGCACUCAUACUAUAUUGAAUUUACCCCUAAUCCUGCGGAUAGGAUUUAUAAAAAAUUUGGUUUAUUUGUCAAGGCUAGUCUCCCAGUCGAGGCUGUGAAAAUGGAACUUGAGCUUCAAUUGGCUCGUGGGAGGUCAGUGCUGACAAAGCUGGUCCCAUCGGGAGUUACAGAAUUUUAUGAAGAUGAGAUUAUUCGAGCAGAGAAAUUUCAAGAAAUGUUUCUCAAGGUCAUUCUUGAGCGCGAGGAAUUUGUUUCUCAAUUUGUUCCAUUGGGAACGAAUGUCUUUUCUAAAUUAGACUCCCGGACCUUCUACUUGUUGCUCCCAGUAACUUUUUAUGGCAAUGAAAAUACGCUGAGCAUAGAUUGGAAGAUCAUCAGAAAAUGUUUAUCAUCCCCACUUUUCAGAAGUCCAGGAAAUACUGUGGAAAAAAAUAUUCUUGCAUCAGAUGUUAACUUGCAACUUGCUGAUGGUCGCAGAAAAAUAAGUGAUAUUGAGAAUAGUUUGGUUUAUGCUACUCAUACGAAAAGCUUUUACUUUGUUGCUGACAUUGUCCAUGAAAAGAAUGGGCACAGCCCAUACAAAGAUUCGAGUACUUUAACCUAUAUGAAUCAUUUAGUUGAAAGGUUUGGCAUCACACUUAAAUACCCUGAACAACCUUUUUUGCGGGCAAAACCUCUUUUUUCUCUUCACAACUUGCUGCACAACCGGAAGAACGAUGAUUCGGUGUCAAAUCACCUAGACGAGUUCUUAAACGAUUUUCCUCCCGAGCUUUGUGAGUUGAAGAUUAUAGGCUUUUCAAAAGAUAUUGGGAGUUCAGUUUCUCUGUUACCUUCAGUUAUGCAUCGCUUGGAAAACCUUCUUGUUGCCAUUGAACUGAAGAACCAGUUAUCUAUUUCAUUCCCCGAGGCAUCUGAAGUUACUUCUCACAGAGUUCUUGAAGCACUAACCACAGAGAAGUGCCAGGAGCGUUUUUCUCUUGAGAGGCUUGAAGUACUUGGUGAUGCUUUUCUCAAAUUUGCUGUUGGAAGGCGUCUAUUUCUCUUGCAUGGUACUCUUGAUGAAGGUCAACUUACAAAUAAGCGAUCCAACAUAGUAAACAAUUUGAAUUUAUGCAAGCUAGCGUGUAAGAGCAACUUACAGGUAUACAUACGUGAUCAACAAUUUGAUCCCUGUGAGUUCUUUGCAUUGGGCCGUCCAUGUCCAACAGUAUGUACCAAGGAAAAAGAGGAAAGUAUUCAUUCUCAAUAUUUAAAUAGCACGGUCAAUAAGACAAAUACUAGUGAGGUCAGAUGCAGCAAAGGUCACCACUGGUUGCGCAAGAAAACUGUUGCUGAUGUUGUUGAAGCUCUUGUUGGAGCAUUUCUUGUAGACAGUGGCUUUAAGGCUGCAAUUGCAUUCCUUAGAUGGAUUGGCAUAGAAGUGGACUUUCAAGCCUCACAAGUUACUGAUAUUUGCAGAGCAAGCGAUAAAUACAUCACACUUGCUGCCGAAAUGAACACUAAAGCUCUGGAGAGUUCAUUAGGGUACCAGUUUGUCCAUAGGGGUCUUCUUCUACAGGCAUUUAUACAUCCUUCGUACACCAAGCAUGCAGGAGGCUGCUACCAGAGAUUGGAGUUUCUAGGAGAUGCCGUCUUGGAUUAUUUGAUCACUUCCUACCUGUAUUCAGUUUAUCCAGAACUGAAGCCUGGUCAGUUGACAGAUUUGAGAUCAGAGUAUGUGAAUAACGAAGCCUUUGCAAAUGUUGCAGUUGAUCGAUGUUUCCAAAAUUUUCUUAUCUGUGACUCCAGUAGCCUAUCCAAAGACAUAGAAAAUUAUGUCGACUCUAUCCAGAGGCCUACAUUGAAAAAUGGGCCAAAAUGCCCUAAGGCCUUGGGUGACUUGGUUGAAUCCUGUGUUGGUGCCAUUCUACUUGACACGGGUUUCAAUUUGAACUGUGUUUGGAGUAUAAUGUUAUCCUUUCUGGAUCGAAUUAUAAGCUUUUCCACUUUGCAGCUUAAUCCUUUAAGGGAAUUGCAAGAACUUUUCCAAUCGUCUUUUGGUCCUGGGGAUACUUUAUUUUCAGUGACAAAGAAAGAUGGCCUAUAUACAGUAGAAGCAAAAGUGAAGGGCAAUGAUAAUGAUUAUGCAACUGCUUCUGCAACCAACAAGAGCAUAAAGGAAGCAAAGAAAAUUGCUGCUGAACAAAUAGUUGCAAAGUUGAGGGCUCAAGGUGUCAUUUCCAAGUCUAGAUCCUUGGAGAAAGUCUUAGAGUCAAGCUCUAAGAAGGAAGCUAAGCUCAUUGGAUAUGAUGAAGUCCCAACAGAUGUAACACCAUCCACUGAUUCCGUUAAGUUUGACAAUCUAAUUAUAGAAGAACCCGUCAUCUUCAAGUUUGUUACUGAAGAUCGUUCCACAAAUGAACUGAAAAAUAAUUCAAUAUGCAAGGCACCUACCAAAAAGCACCCCCUAUCUAAUGGCCAAGCUAGUAAAAUUGAUGACUUAGACUCUGACUCCCAGACAUCAGGUGGUUCGCAGAGUGAAACGACUAUUACAGCAAAAUCCCGUUUGUACGAAGUUUGCACUGCUAACUCUUGGAAGCCUCCUCAAUUUGAAUGCUGCAAAGAGGAGGGACCUGGCCACUUAAAGUUAUUUACUUACAGGGUUUUGGUCGAAAUAGAAGAAGCUUCUGAUAUGGUUUUGGAAUGCUGUAGCGGAGAACAUCCCAAGAAGAAAGCAGCAGCUGAACAUGCUGCAGAAGGGGCUCUCUGGUUCUUGGAAAGACAGGGGUAUUUAUGAAAAAGAAGUUCAAAAUUUGACACAAUUUUUUGUUCACUAUAUAUGGGAGGGAUGCUUCUGAGUGACAUUUAUGUACUAGAGCAUAUCACAAAAGUCCUUGACUGAUACUGAGAUCAAUAUGAAGUUGUUCUAUGUACCCCGGUUGUAGGUAAACUGUUGUAUAUAAUAAUAAUAAUAUACUAAAAGCAGCUUAAUCUGACAUCAUGUUGUUUUAUGAAAUUAUUUAUAAAACUGUUGUAUAUAAUAAUAAUAAUAUACUAAAAGCAGCUUAAUCUGACAUCAUGUUGUUUUGCAUGACA